UUGUCCAAAUAACUUGAUAAAGAGUCAUAAAAACUGAAAGGUUCAAGCACGGAAUUAGAUUAGAUUGUUAUCUAAGUCCUUGGUUCAAGUUUCGUGGUAAGUUCAGAAGUAGGCCGUACCAAGUACAGGUGCCCUAGGCCUAUGAACAUGCACUCAUCAGAACUACUGAGAGGUAUCCAGUACUUUCAGUUUCCUAAAACUAGGAUGUUUCAUAACAUCUUUGUUAAGAUGAAACAAUGCUGAAUAUAUAAUCAUGGACAUACGCACUGAAUACAAAAUGCAAACAAGAUUGGUUGAAAAGUUAGAUUAUUAGAUUUUUAGCCCCCAUCAUCAGGUUCUCAAAUUGCCCUGCGUCCAUGGUCCUUACGUCAAUCUGUCAGUCCUUAAACAAUUUUUGUUAGCGCUAUUUCUUAGAAAUUACUGGAGGGAUCUUUCUCAAAUUUCACAUGAAGGUUCCCCAUGGUUCCUAUUGGUCCAACUUUUGAAUUAACUUUUGAGGUUGUUCAAAAGAGUGAUUAAGAUGCAUGGCGGACAGGAAAACUGAUCAAACAGAUAAGAAAAAAGAAGAGAAAAGAUCGCACUGACAUAGAACUAAUGAAGGUGGUACAAUGAUUGAUGGGGGAUGGCCUGUGUGAUAGAGGAAAUGGCAGACAUGGGACUAGAAGAGGAACUAUCCUGUCCUAUCUGUCUGGAGUUGUACCAGGAUCCAGUUAGUUUACCCUGUCAGCACAACUUCUGUCGGGAGUGUCUAAACAUCCACAUACAGCAACACAGAGACACCUCCACAGCGGAGGGGACACAGUUCCACUGCCCCUCGUGUAGAUGUGCCGUCAACCUAAAGGAUCAACUCAUUUCUAGACUACCAAAGAAUUGUGUUUUAGCAAAUAUAAUUAGUAGGUUUCAAUCCAGUAAGCCUGAAAGUACAGAUUCAGAAGCUGGAUCAAGACAUGAAAAUCAAGGUGUAGUGUGCCAGGUUCAUAGGAAAUCCCUGAGUGUGUUUUGUAACACCUGUGACCAAGCAUUAUGUACCAAAUGCCUCGUUGAUCACCAAGGCCAUCACACCCAGGAUUUAGAGGAUAAAGUCAUGUCUUGUAAGGAUGAAGUGAAGCAGUCAGUCUUGCCAAAGAUAACUAAACUGAAGAAUUGCCUUGACAGUACUCAACAAGAUCUUAUUGUCUGUCAAAACAGUGCUGAGGCAAGUGAAAUCCUGGAAGAGAUCAUAAAUGACUGGCAAGUUGUGAUGGACACUUUCAGUAUGCUGAGAUCAGUUUUGAACCAAAAGGAAUCAGAGCUGAAUUCAAACUUACAAACCAGGAAUGAAGAUAUCUGUUCUUAUUUCAAAACAGAAUUGCAGAAAAUAGAUAGUCAGCAGGAUUCUCUCAAACAGCUUGAGAGUCGAGCGAUGACUGUCGCAUACUACCCAGAUUUCAACAAGUGCAGAGAACUACAUGAGGAGCUUGCACAACUGGAGUCCGAGCUUUACAAGACAGGUCCUGUAGGUCCCUGGUACAAAGAUGAUCCACGAACUGCACGCUCAAAACAAGAUAUAUGUGACACAUUGUUGAGGAUGACAAGUGAUCUGGACAAGUUGGAUGUCUCCGUUAACAAACAAUCGGAUAAUUCAUUCGGCUUGGAAAGUGCAGUGCAAGGUCUUAACUUGCACUCAAAGUCUAAAAUGAUACCAAAUAAAACAGGAAAACUGCAGCAUUCCAAUCCUUUAACCAGUAACGCUACUGAUCCUGUGAAACCAAACACAGAGGGUCCAAAACUGAUUCAUGCAGCAGAUGAGAUUUAUAGGCAAGCUGAAGACACUGAGAUCCCCAUACCCAGGAGUGAAUCGACAGUUAAACAGCCUGACAAGAAGACGCAGCGAGAUUUUUUAAAGAAAAUGGUGUGCAAAUCAUUGAAGAAACAUUCAGAAGUUUACAUAGUUUCAAAAGCUUGGUUAGAAAAAUGUCAGACUUUCUUAAAUAAGAGGGAAGGAGAUGGCAUUAAUCCGGGCCCGGUAGACAAUUCUUCCAUCAUGGAAACUGGUGAUAAUUUGAGUGCAAAUUUGUUGGAGGGAUAUGAUUUUGUUGCUCUUAAUGAAUCUGGAUGGUCAAGGAUUGUGAAGUGGUAUGGGCUCAAAGAAGGACAAAAGCCAAUCAAACACAAAGUCAUAUCUGAAGGACUGCUCUCUGAAGCUCUUAGUGUAGAGAUCUAUCCAAUGAAAGUUGUUCUUGCAUGUGCUGGUCAAAGGUCAUGUCAGCAUUAUAGUAAAUCAGAUUCACUUGGAUUCUUGAAGCAGGAAUUUCACAGAAUUUUCAAGAUUUUUGAUAACAAAAAUUUGCGAAUGAAAAUCAAAGUUGGAGGUACCAGUACGAACUUUUGGAUAAACCUAUUAAGUGAGUCUGAUACCUGCUCACUAAAGGAUGCUGGGAUAACCCAGGGAACCGAAAUACACUGUGAUGUUGAGUGAACUGAACAAUUUUACUUUCCACUGUUAGGAGGCAUGUUUUAGUACUAAUAAAUUUUUAGCUGGUAUCUACCUUGAAUGGAGCCCGAUAAAGUUUGCAAACAGAAAUGACCUUGACAUUACUUUCAUGGUCAUGGGUGAAAUAUAUCAAAAUUUUCAAACAACUUUUCCUGAAGAACCAAAAGGCCUAGAGUCAUUUUUUUUGGCUGGUAGUAUCCUUGAAGGGAGUCUGUCAAAGUUUGCAAAUGAAAAUGACCUUAAUCUACUUUUACGGUCACAGGGGUCAGAUACUCUAUGUCAAAAACUUUAAAUGAUUUGAUUUGAAGAACAUAAACGCCUAGGGUGAUAACAUUAAGCCAGUAGCAUGCAGAGGGGAAGGGCUAUCAGGUUUGUUGAAGUGAUCUUGAAUGAUUUUAAUCCACUUUAAGGGUCGCGGGGUCAAAUGUGUCAAAACCUUUAAAUAACUUCCGACUAACCAAAAGUCAGAGAGAGAUGAUAUUUGGCAAGUUCUUGUAUUGUGCUAAAAUGAAAGGCUAUCAGAUUGUUCAAAUGAAUGGCCUACCCAGAUAUUCAAGGUCACAUGGGUAAAAUGUACCUGUGUUUGGGUGGUUGGGUUGCACAGUGGAUAACGCACCAGCCUUUCGCCAUGGACGUGAAAAGUUAUGGGUUCACCUGCCCGAUCACAUGGGUUUUCUCCAGGUACUCUGGUUUCCUCCCACAUUAAGAUUCCUGCUUGCUAACAUCUGGGUCAACAAGAGUGAUUAAUAUAAGUUGUAAUGCUUAUGUAUUUCCAAGAACUACCGGGAAAGGUGGUGGUGUUGUUAUUUUCUAUAAAAUUAAUUACGCCAAUUAUAUUCAGCUUUUAGAUAUGCAUGAUUGUAUUUUUUGGCUAGAACUUAAUAGUACAUUACAGUCUUUAUUACUAUGUUUUUGUUACUUCCCACCAGAAAACAGUGUGUUUUACCAUAACCGUGAUAUCGAUGUUUUCGAAGAUUCUAUUAGUCAUUAUAAAACGAAUGGCAAUGUAUAUAUUUCCGGAGAUCUUAAUGCUAGAACAGGUACUAGGUAUGAUUUUAUUAUAAAUGAUGGCCUAAAUAGGUUGGAUAAUGGUUAUGUUUUUGAAUACAAUAAUGAUUCUGUUAUCACGGAACGUAAUAACAUGGACAAAACUGUUAACACUUUUGGAAGAAAAUUGUUGUCAUUAUGCAAAUCAACCAGCAUGCGCAUUGUAAAUGGGCGUCAUAGAAGCGAUAGAGAAGGAAGUUUUACUUUUUGUAGCAAUAAUGGUACAAGUCUUAUUGAUUAUUUACAUGUCGAUUGUGAAUAUAUGACAUGUGUCCGAACCUUUUCCUCAGGUGAGUUCAACACUCUAUCUGAUCAUUCAGCCUUGUCUUUUGAUAUACUUAUAAGGCUACCGAUACCUGACCAGCCAAAUGUGUGUCAAUAUUUAAAUACAGAGAUCAUGUUAGAUCGAAAUGUAAAACAGCUAGGUGGAAUGAAGCAAAUGCCAAUCUUAUUCUGGAUAAAUUACAACAGAAUAUUGAAAAUAUUGAGAAAGAAUUGGAUAUUGAACUGUCGAGUCAAUUAUUAGUUAACUAAUGUGUUUCAAAUAUAUGUAAUAUUAUAAAUGAUUGCACUGUGCCUUAUUGUAAGAACGAUAGCAGUACAAAUGACUACCCUUCCCAGUUUAGAAAUAGAAACAAUAGAGUCGUUGAUAAGCAUUGGGUUACAGAAGAAUGUAAAACUUUUUUUUAUUGAAUAUAAGAGAGCCUUAAGUGUUUUUAAUAAGAACAAAUCUGUUGCAUAUCAGGAGGCUCUGACAAAUGCGAAACGACGGUAUAAGCUCACGGAGUUUAGGCUUAAACGUAUUUAUAAACAACAAGAAGGUGACAUGUGGAUCGUUUAAAAAGAUCAAGACCAAAACAUUUUUAUAAUUUUUUUGCUAAGAAAAAAACAACCAGUAAUAGCUCUGUUGUAGAAAAUGAGGAAUUUUAUCAAUAUUUUAUUAACCUCAUGGGUGGCAGAGAUGCGAAUGUUUUAGAACCUGAUUUAGACCAGGAAGCUGUAUAUGAGGAACUAGAUUCAAUUAUUAGUAGAGAUGAAAUUUUGAAAGCAAUUAACAAUUUAAAACCUAAUAAGAGUUGUAGCAAAGAUCUUAUUAUUAAUGAUUUUUUUUAUUAAAGGUAAAGAUAUA